AUGCCGUUUGAGUCGCCGUUCACACCACUCACCAUCCCAGAGGUCGACCUCUGGUCGCUGCUCUUUGAACGCAAGUCGAAGCCGUUUUCCGACAGCAAAGAGAUUUUCACCGAUAGCGAGACCGGCCGCAGCUAUACAUUUGGCGACCUGCGCAGCACCUCCCUCGACUUCGGCAAGGGCCUUCAAUCGCUAUGGAAUUGGAAGCGCGGUGACGUCCUGGCGUUUUACACGCCAAACGACAUCGACACGCCACCAGCAAUGCUCGGCCUGCUGUGGGCCGGCGGCAUCUGCUCGCCCGCCAACCCACUGUACACCGAGCACGAACUGACCUUCCAGUUGCGCGAUUCGGGUGCCGUGGCUGUCAUCACCCAGCUGCCGUUUCUCGAGACCGCCCGGCGCGCCGCCAGGGCUGUCGGCAUCCCUGAGGACCGCAUUAUCCUGCUCGGCGACGCACACGACCCGUCGGGCCGCUUCCGCCACUUCAGUGCCAUUCGAAACCCGUCUUUCAAGGGCCGCGCAACGGCCGAGCCUGUUGAUGUGCACAAAGACCUGGCGUUCUUGGUCUACAGCUCCGGCACCACUGGCCUGCCAAAGGGCGUGUGUCUGACGCACUACAACGUCGUUGCGAAUGUGCUCCAGAUGUCAUCUAUGGACGGCCUGAUUUUCCAUCCCUUCGGUGGUGCCGAUGGCAAGGGCGACAAGGGUCUCGGCAUCACGCCGUUCUUCCACAUUUACGGCCUCACUUGCUGCAUCCUCGUCUUUAUCAACACUGGCUGGGAGCUCAUCAGCAUGCCCCGUUUCGACCUUGAGCGCGCGUGCCAGCUCAUUGAGAAAUACAAGAUCAGCUUUGCCUACGUCCCGCCGCCCGUGAUUCUCGCCUUCUCCAAGCACCCGGUCGUCGACAAGUACGACCUGACAUCGAUGCGCAUGUUUCACAGCGGUGCGGCGCCGCUGACGCCUGAGCUCGCAACAGCGCUGUGGGACCGACUCAAGAUUCCUGUCAAGCAGGGCUACGGUCUGUCCGAGACGUCGCCUGUCGCGAUGAUGCAGCUGCCACACGAGUGGGGCAAGUUCAUGGGUUCGGUGGGCCGAUUGCUGCCGAACAUGCAGGCACGGCUCGUCGACCCGGACGAGGGCACGGAUGUGGCGGAGCUGGGUAAGCCCGGUGAGUUGUGGCUCAAGGGCCCGAACAUCUUCCAGGGCUACCUGAACCUGCCCGACAACACAAAGGCGACAAUGUCAGCGGACGGCUACUUUAAAACCGGCGACAUUUUCAUUGCCGACAAGCACGGCAACUUUACCUGCGUCGACCGUCUCAAGGAGUUGAUCAAGUACAAGGGUUUCCAGGUGCCGCCAGCCGAGCUCGAGGGCAUCCUUCUGGGCCACAAGGACAUUGCGGACGCGGGUGUGAUUGGCGUGGAGGACAAGGCGCAGGCGACCGAGGUGCCGCGGGCGUACGUUGUGAUGAAGCCCGGCCUGCCCACGGACGCAGCCAAGGCCAAGGAGAUUGUCGACUGGUUGGCGUCGCUGACAGCGCCACACAAGAAGCUGCGCGGCGGCGUGCACUUUGUCAAGGAGAUUCCCAAGUCACCCAGCGGCAAGAUUCUGCGGCGGGUACUACGCGACCAGGUACGGCAGGCCGACAAGGCCGGAGCGUCGAAGCUGUAG